GGAGUAAAAUAAUACAUGGAAAUGAAAAUUUCAUAAAAUACAAAUUAAGUAUUUGCAAACAACUUCAAUACAGCGCAACGGAAAACAAGACUGGAGUAGUAUUGAAAACAACAAACGCACAAUGGAUAAAAGGGCCGCACAAAAACUCGCACAAACUCACAAUUCGACGAAAAGUCGCACCGCCGAACUGCCAAACGCCAGCGCGCGAAAUGGUGGGUUCUGUGGCGCGCUACAGCGGGCGCCACCGCCCAUGCCACCCGGUUUGGCGCGUCGACUUGCGAACAAGGAAAACUACGGUAUCGGCAAGGUUAAGGUGAUGUUGCGUGUCUCGGACGCCCACACGGACGCGGAACACCCGCACUUCAUGGCCGUCGAUAAGAAGAAACGUCAAGUGACGCUGACAGAUCCGUCGGCAGCGAGCGCCGUCGCGGCCUCGACGUCGCAGGAACGCGGUCCCAUGGUGGCCGCGCCGAAAAUGUUCGCCUUCGAUAGCCUCUUCACGGCGGAGGAUCAACAGUCCGAUAUCUGUGCUUCCGCUUUGUCUGAGGUGAUACCCGCCGUAUUGGAAGGUUCAGACGGCUGUCUACUCACGAUUGGUUAUCCGAAUUCCGGUCAACCGAAAACCAUGUUGGGUGGCGUGAACCCGCCCACCGAAUUAGGUGCUAUUCCUUGCGCCAUUUCGUGGCUGUACAAGGGCAUUAAUGAGCGGCGUCAGAAGAGUGGCGCGCGCUUUUCGGUGCGCGUCAGUGCGCUGGGUGUCAGCGCCACGAAACCGGACUCAAGCUCGAAGGAUUUGUUGGCGGCGCAUGCGACUGAAUCCGACGACUCUCCGGGCGUGUAUUUACGUGAUGACUUCCUUGGCGGACCCACCGAAUUGCGUGCGCCCACCGCCGAACGUGCCGCAUUGUUCCUAGAUGCCGCACUCGCCGGACGACCACAAGGCGGUCUGGAGCCGGCCAUGAUAUUCACACUGCACGUCUACCAGUACAGCUUAUCGCGCAAAGGCGGCGUGGCCGGUGGACGCAGUCGUUUGCAUCUCAUCGAUUUGGGUGGCUGUGCCAACCGCAAUGGGGGACUGCCGCUCUCCGGCAUCGGCAACAUACUGUUGGCGAUAUUGAGUGGACAACGGCAUCCGCCGAAUAAGGACCAUCCAUUGACGCCGCUGUUGAAAGAUUGUCUGGCGCCGUUGACGUGUCAUGUCGCCAUAAUGGCGCACGUGAUGCACACACAGUCGCAUACGGAUGCAUUGACAACGAUACAAUUGGCCUCACGCAUACAUCGCAUGCGUCGGCGUAAACACCGUUUUCCGAUGCCAAGUGACAAGACCGGUGUGGGAGGAUUGGCGGCCGGCGUUAAUGGAGGUCAUCAAUCAACUGGUUCUUCGGCUGGCUCUGGCGCAGAUCCCUCCAGCUCUGAAUUAUCCGCCGAUACAGUAAUCUACAUGGGACCCAGCGACGAUGCGACGGAUGGUGAACAUCCGCCGGUUUAUUUGCCCUCGCUCAGCAGUGGUGACAACCGUUGUGUGAUGAGCAAAGCGCUAAAAGGUAGUGGCUUGGAGAAACAACAGCAGUCGCCGGCGAAAAGUGCAGCGGGUACAUUGAAGAAGACAGCGGCACAAAAAGUCCCUCAAAGUCCCACCAUCAAUGCGUCCAGUCGUAAUGGCAGUCUGAAGCGCGGCCACGUCAACAGUCCCAUACCAGCGCAGCAGCAACAACAGUCGCCUCAAGUGAGCACUGCGAACGCUGACCAACAGCAACAGCAGCAGUUCUUUUCACCCGUGCACAGCACGAAAUCGCUUACGCAUUCAGCCUCCUCACCGAAAAUAGUUGCGGGCAGUUUACGGCAUCCCGGCAUGGCUGGUAUGAUGUGCUCUAAGGGUUCGAACGUGCCAUCGCCCAAAGGUUCGCCGCUCCGACGACCCGGUGUUGGAGGUGGCGCCAGUGUUGUCGCCGCCGCCGCUGAUGCGCUAGACUGUCCCGGCAGCCCGAUGCGCAAAAUAAGCGAGGAACAAUGGAUUGAUGGGCCGCGCGUAUCGCGCGCCAAAGUGGCUGAAGCGCGUCACUUGAUGCGUGAGGUUAAUCAUGUGAAACAAUGUGAGACCUGGAUCGAUGGUCCUAAGUCACAGUCAGCACGUUCACUAACCGCCGGCAAUCUGCCAACAGCGCCGUCACAAGUGCAAGGCUACGGCUUCAUGGAUUCGCACAAGAAGUCUAUGAUACGACAAUGGGUGGAGAAUCAGACAUCGCAGGUCUUCCAAAGCACAUCGGCGGCCUCAUCGCCUACACAUGGUGCUGGCAAUGCGGCUCAUCGCGACCAGCAGGCACAGCAUCUGCGCAACAUUACAUACCACAUGUCACAGCUGAAGCAGAAAUCACUCGAUGCACCGGAGGAUUUGUACGCGACGAGCACAAGACAAUUGCAACACCAACAGCACAGCGUACAGCAACCGCAAUUGCAGCAACAACAUUCACUACCGCUGGAACAACAGUUUCUGUUGUGCGCCAGUGAGGCGGAGUUAGCGCAAGCCAUUGCCAUGGGUCUUUCCACAGCUGUGAGCACAACGAAUGCUUCAGCGCCUGCGGAGAUACGCGGCUCGAAGGCUCUGUACCAUCAACGACAGUCCAGCGCCACCGGCUCGCUCGGACUUACGCAGCAAAUAGCAAAAGAUGAGACUGAUAUACAUUCGACGCACUCGCACACCGGUUAUGGCACCAUUUCACAGCAAGUAUACGCUCACGGCAGUGCCGCGGCAUCGGAGCAUAGCGUUGUUGUGGGUGGUCAACAAAGCGAUCGGCAAGCGGAUUGUGAUGAGGACCAAGACAGUGGUCCAUCGGAGGUGCCACCCGCCUUGCCGCUCAUCGAGCCAUUAGGUUCGCGUGAAAUUUCACACGAAAGUCUACAUCGCAUACUGUCGCGACAUGUGUCACGCGAGUCGCUCUACCAACAGCAACAACAACGCGAGCAGCAACAGGAAUUACGUCGCCACGAGGAGUUGCAACAAAAUGCGCCCUCAAGGCAAUCUUCGCAUCAUUUCUCCCAACACAGCAUGGGCAUGUCCGAUUGUGGACUGCAAGUGACAGAGGAGGAGAUAGCGCGCACAAUGGGCGGCGAGCAUCCACUGGCCGCACUCAGUCACGUUGACAAUAUGUCCAUUGUGUCGAGCUUCAACAUGGCCGGCGAUGCGUUCAGCGAUUGCGCGAUGGGUGAAAGAACGAGGAACCAAUUCGAUCAAUUAGCGCGUUUACGUGAGAUCUUCACCUCACAGCUGGCCAUGGCCGAAGUAACGCCAGUCUUCCGCAGUUGCGACGUGGGCAGCGUGUACAGUGAGCCUGCGUAUCGCUUCAACACGGGACCGGGUAGUGUGUGUAGUGAACCACCAUAUAGACCACCGAGUCCGAGACAACCUUCGCGCAGUCCCAGCCAAGGCAGCUUGCCCAGCCUGAAUGGCAUAAUGCAAAUCGCCGGCAUGGAACAAUAUGCUUCGCUGCGUCAUCCCGAUGGUGCUUCCGAUCCGAAUUUGCCAAAAGUUGAGAAACCUUUCGUGCUAGAACAUGAAGAUAUCUGCGAAGUUGACGAAAAGUCCGCAUUGCUAUCACCCUCCAAGCGACCGUCACUGGAGAAAGAGCAUCUUCCCGGUGUUGGUGGCGCCACAGUACCCACAUCUUCACAAACUCAACUACCAUUGCUGCCAUUGAAUACCUCUUGCGAGGCUUACGACAGUGGACAUGACUCGUCUACACCACGCACCUCCAAGCAUUCCGGCAUUUCACGACGUGCCGAAAGCGGCUACCAUAGCGUGGCGACGGCGCGAGAUAGUGAUGAGAGCAGCUUUACGUCGGGACUCUCCAAAGAACAUCACAAUCGCAUAACAAUGGUGAAGAAGAAGCGACAGGAUAAGGGCCUCUGCAAUUGGCUGAUGAACCCCUUCACCUGCACCUAUCCAGAGACUGAAGGCGAGAUAAGCGAUUUUUGAAGAGCGCAGUAAACGGCAGCGAAAGCGAGAGCGUGCCAGGGAGCGGAACUCGAAUUUAUAACGAAGGUAAAUAGAAAACAGUUAUUGCGGUAACGAGUAGAUGUGGUUAAGAGAAGAAUUAGUAAAUAGUAAGUGCGGCAAACCCACCAAGAAAUUUUUGCGCGCCGUUAGAAACAAUAACACGAAAGCAUGCCAAAUUUUUACUUUAAUAUAAUAAUAUAUUAGUGUUUAUUUCCUUUUCGAAAUAACUAAAGCCAAUGUUUUUAUGUGGCAGUUGAAACGGCGACUGAUUGUUUUUUAAUGGAAAUUUUUAUUGAACAUAUGGAAAAAGAAGAUUUUUAGCUUCAAAAUAUUUAGUAAAGGAACAAGAAAAAAACUCAAAACUUUGCAGAAUUCAUACGUGAAAGCUUAAGUUUCAUACACAUAAGAUAAAUGUAUUAAUAUUAUAAUAUGAGGUGUUUUACAGUGAAAGCUUUUAAACUAUACGAAAGCUUGAGUAACAGAGAAUAGUUAAUAUUUUUACGAUAUGCGUUGAAAGCUUUUUAUGGUCUAUGUAAUAUUUUUUUUGAGCCUGAAAUGUUAGUAACUUGUAAUUUUUGCGAAAAAGUGAAAUAUUGUGCGAAAACAUGAAAGCUUACAUGCCUGUAAUGAAAGCUUUUACAAAUAAGUUUGCGGUGAUAGCUUACUUUUAAUUGUAAUACGCAGUUAUGAUCAUAUUUUGGUUACUGUUUUUAAAAAAUUGCUAAUUUAUAAAGUUCUAAAUCAUUCGCGUCGUCCACAAAGCGUUCGUAUAUAAAAUAAAUUUUACUACCAAAAGUUGCUUUUCAUAAUUUUACAUAAUGCAAAUCAUUUUAGAUACACCUUAAAAGUAACUGCACUUUCACUAAGCGGUUUUUAUACGAAAGUUGCUAAAGUGAAAUUUUUUGUGAAAGCUUUAUAUUUAAAAAACCUCAUCGAACAUCUUCUGCUUCCACUCACUUCAUGUAAAACUAGUUUUCUCUGAUGCAUCUCAAAUUUAUUUUUUAUUUUUUAAAGCUUUCACAGUUACGCAGCGUUGUGCUUUAUGAUUGAAAAGUUGCAUCGAACAUUGAAAGUAUCCACUCACUCCAUUUAUAACUAGUUUACUGUGCCCAUAUCAAAUUUAAAUUUAUUUUAUAAAGCUUUCACAGCUACGCGGCAUUAAAAGCUUUCAUGUUGUUACUAACCGCAAGUUACUGUUAACUCAAAUCAUAUCGCUUAAAAAUAAUUUCAGCUUUUUGGGUUAAAAGCUUAUUUGAAGUGAAAGCUUUCUGCAUUUCAAAACAUUCCUUACACCCCGAAAGCUUUCCAAAAACACUGUCAACUGUAAAUUCCGUUAAAAUGUAAUUGUAACAUAUUUUGUACAGCUAACACAUACAUUACUCGUCUGCUUCUAAAGCUCUUGCCUAACUGUCGCCCUACUGUAAAAAUAUAGAUUUAAUGUAAUAUAUAAUUUUCAACAGUUGCAUUUAUGUUUGUUGCCUAACCUCAACACUUUGUGCAUUCAUUUAAGAAAAAUAGCAUAUUUCAUAAAAAGAGCUUUUUGCGAGCUUUUAUUAUUUUGUUAGUUUUUAUUGCGCGUAAGUGAUUGUUAAAUAAUUUUUAACAAUUGCAUUCGCAAAAAUCUUCUUUUAACUAGCGUCUAGCUAAGUCUUUGCUAAGUCCUCAACAGCAACAACAAACCAGUAAAUAAAAUAAAAUAUUAAAUAAAUAAGUUUCUUAAUUAAAAUUGUUAAUACAUUUAGCUAAAUUUAAGUGUAAACGAGUGCUUUUGUUAGGAAAAAGCGUAAAUCGAAAAAAGCUACAAACUAUAAAUAUUAAGUACUAAAUAGAAAUUUUGUUGCCAGUUUUGCCUAUUUAAACUAUGUUAAAAUUUUGAAAUGUUUAUCCGAAACUAACUCAACUGAUAUGAAUAUACAAUGUAACUAAUGAAAUGAGAAAGUAUAUAGAAAUGCAUUUAUGUAAUAUUCGAUAUAUGUAAUAUUAACUACAUGCAUACAUAUAAAUAUAUACAUACAUAUA